AUGGCGAACCCGAUGACUGCCACACCCGAGCCGCGCAAGGCAGUCAAGCACUACGCGUACAUGUACGGGAAGCCCAGAAGAAACAAGAAGACACGAGCCCCUCAGAUGCCCAAGGAGCCCGAGACAGCAGCCGUCAUCGACGCCCGUCUGAACGUGGCAGAGCAGUCGGCAUCGACAGCCAAGCCCCCUCGAGCCCCACCAAGCCUCGACCUCAAGGCCAUCAAGAACGUCCAGACCUCGCCCAAGGGCGAAGCCAGUCAGGAGCCCAGCUCAGAUGACUGCCCUGCCACGCCUACAAACUUGGGAGAUCCUGCAGCACAGCCCUGCUCGGGCUGCACCACGCCAACAUCAGCCCGCAGCGCGGACAGCCUCAGCUGCGAGGAAUUCGUGGUGACCGCGGAAGUUGCGUCCGCCAAGGCUCAGGACGUCUCAGGACAUGAACAGCCCGACACCGUCAACAGCGCUGCAAUCGAUCCUGCCUUGCUCUGCACGUCACAGGACAUCAUAUCUGAGGAGCCAGAUUGCACAACAGAUGCUGUGGAGAGCGCGGCGCCCGAGGAGACCGUGUGCCUUCCAAGCCGAGCCGAAGAGGAGCCUGUCAGCGUGUCAGGGCAACCAGCAAGCCUGGUGAGCUUUGCGCUGACUGCACUCAGCUGCCUGCAGUGCUUCGCACCAGCCCUGGCCAGGCCGGCAGUGACUAUGGCUGUGGCUGCAUCUGUGAAGACACUGGCAGCCGCAGCAGCAGUGGCAUUUGGUCGGGCGGAGUUCUGUGCGUACAUACCUCACAGCUACUCCCCGAUAUGCCCCCAUAAGGACCAGGAAGCUCUGCUGCAGUACUUCCUCGAAAGGGCGGGCAAUGGAUCUGCGUGGGCAGAGGGGCUCCUUCAGCUGACGCCCUGUGACCUGUGGCCCUUCAUCAGGUCUGCUCACCUCAUCAUUGAGUUUAUGGUGGCGAUGGAGUGUUUGUUCUACGAGUGGUAUGAGAACCCGGGAUCUGGGGAGGGGAUGCCUUUUGGGAGACAGGCGGUGUCCAACAACACUGCUGCGCUGGAGAUCGUGACUAAGGAGGGCGGAGUGACGCCGUGGUGCAUACACCUGCCCCAGGGCAGCCGCAUCUGCCACGUGCGCAGCAACAUGGGCCUGGACUGGGCAGACAACGUGCUGCCCAAUCUGCCCGCCAUCGGCGCACGCAACACCGACAUCCUGGUGGGCAACUUUGCGAUCUGGAUCAACAAUGCCACCGAGUAUGCAGUCAACAUGAUCAGAGUGGCGAAUUACAUAAGGAGCGCCACCGGCCGCCUGCCAUACAUCAUUUGGCGGGACGCCUCAGUGCAGCACUUCCAGACGUACACUGGAGACUACAAUGGAGCCAGCUACCCGUUCCACUGCCAGCCGAUCAGCAAUCGCACCGACGCUGUGAAGCUGCACACAAACGGCACGCUGACAACGGAUGACCCAGAGCUGCAGGUGACAGUGGAGGGCGGCUGGCGCAACAGAAUAGCCUACCCCAUCAUAGAGGCCCUGAGCAUCCCCAUAAUGCGCACCUGGAAUGAGACCGUGCCCAUGUGGGGCUUCCACCACCAUUACAACAUGCGAUGCGGCCACCAGUGA